AAUAAACUUAAACUUCAAAAUAUUUUUUAAUAAAAAUAUUUAUAAAAAUUAAUAUCUAUAAUAUAAAUAUAAAAAAAAUGUGCAUUAUAAUUAUAUAUGUGUGUCUUCAAUUAUUUUUCAAUUCUAUUGAAACUUUAUAUCAUUUUUAUUAAAUCAUUGGCGGUAGAUAUACAAUUAUUAAGUAAGGAAAAAUAUUUCGUUGUUGUGAAUUAUUAAAUCAAUAAAUUUUGUCUCCUUGAUUCUCGAAGCGAAUAGCAAUGUACUGUGUUAUAAAAAAUCAUUCGUAAUAAGAAUCGAAAUUUAUUUUCAUUCAGUUUGAAAAAUAAUAAGUUAUUGUAAUAAAUAAGAUCUUACUAAAUUUAGUUUUCUGUAAUAAUUUAUUGAAAAAAUAUUUAAUAUGAAUAAUCAUCAAAAUGCUGAGGAAGAUAAGGAAAUGCCUUGUCCACAAUUGGACUAUACCAAAGUUGACGAACAACUUUAUUUUCCUCAACCUGGAAAUGAGCUUCCUGUACAACCUGAAGAACAAAUGGAACCGAUCGGUCCAUGGGCAACAGGUCGUGUAACAUACACUUCUCAAGAUGGUUUAACAGGAAUCAGACCAGUUGCUGAUCGAUAUUCUAUAACCAACUCCGGAGAAGCUCAGUGGAGAAGUAAUAACUUGAAAUUUUUUAAACAAUCGAAUGAAAAGAUUAAUGAAGCUCUCCGUGCUAUAAGUAACGCGAAAAGAUGUGUCGAGCGAUCUUACAAAGAAGCAGAUAAAGUACAAUUGGAAUCAAUGGAAUAUUUAAAAAAUCGUGCAAGUGAAGUACAUCGUUGGAAAACCGAACUGGAACAUUUAAUACUUGAGAUUACAAAAGAAAUAGAAUUAUUGCAAUCUGAAUAUCGACAUGUAAAACAUUCUUUGUCACUUCUCACGGUUCCAGAAUCUAUAGCCGGUGAAUUUUUAGAAUUGCGAUCUAGACGAUUAGAUUCUGAUCUUAUCCGAGAUGAAGUUGAAACGGAGCUUACAAAAGAGGUAGCGCUAUGUUCAGAGAUACGUGAUUUGCUUGUUAGAACUCGAGAACAUAUAGAAAUGCAACUAACCGAAUUAAAAACUGCAAAAGCAAGGAUGGAAAUGGAUUGGACUGAUAAAACUGACAGUUAUACUAUUGAUGCUGAAAACAUAAAAUUGACAAAUGAUUCUCGUAUCAUAAUGUGGAAGCUUGGAGCUACAAGAGUUCCAGCAGAACAAUCAUCGCCUGCGGGUUAUGAACAUUACACGCGAGAAACUCUGUCGGAAGCAGAAGCGGCCAGGCAAAGAUCUACGAAUUUAAGAUCCACUUUAGACUCCAUAUAUAAAAAUGCUAUUAAAGAUCUUCGAAAUCAAGCUACUCGCGUAGAUUUGGUUUUAAGUAAAAAGAUUAAACUUACGGAAGAUGUUCGUUUACAAUUAGAGAAAGAAUUACUUCGCUGUUUACACGAACUUGCAAACACUGAGGUAGAGAUAGAAGAGCUUCGUCAUUCAACGAGAGGAAUGGAUUGCGUAAUGAAAGUAGCACAAACACGAUUAGCGAAUAGAUUACAACGACGUAAUGUAGAAAGUUGUCGUGACACUCCUCAAUUUGCUUUAUUAGAAGAGGUGAAAUUAUUAAAUGAACGUACAUCGGCUAUGCUAGCAGAAUUAAAAGUGGCCGAAGAAACUUUGGCAGGUUUAACAAAAGCAAGAAGCGACCUUGAACGAGAAAUAAUCGUAAAACGUAAAACAUUAUACUUAGAUAAAGAACGCGGACAGUGGUUACGCUCAUUUUAUCCUACGACUAUUUAAUAUAUACAAUAAUAAUAUAUACAAAAUUAUUGUAUUCAAAAUUUUUUAAUGAUUAAUGCUUGAUUGAAGCACAUCAAACACGAAUUUUAUACAUAUAUCUUGGAAGUACACGAUUCGUUUACACAAAAAUAUUUUUUAUAUAAAAUAUAAAAACAAAAAAUAUAUGAUUUGGAUAUUUGAGAA